CACUGGUGAUCAAAUCCCUUCAUUUCAAUUUCAAUUUUCAAAUUGUAGGGUUUCAUUCAUCCCACAAAGCUCUGGAAAACGACUCGGUACCAGAGAAUUGGAAGUGUGAGAGAUGUGGACGUUCACAGCCAAUUUUCAGCAAUGUCCCACCUCCUCGAUUCCUAUCAUUUCCAUAUCCUCACGUUCUUCUUAUUUUCGCGUUUUUCCGAAGCCGACGCUCAUCUGCUCUGCUUUGCAGUCUCAGAUUGAGACUCUUAAUGGAACGAAAGACGGGAGAACUGAGAUUCGAUUAGGGUUGCCCAGUAAAGGGCGGAUGGCAGCCGACACCCUAGAACUUCUCAAGGAUUGUCAAUUGUCUGUAAAACAAGUCAAUCCUCGACAGUAUGUUGCAGAAAUUCCACAGCUAUCGGGCUUGGAAGUCUGGUUCCAAAGGCCUAAAGACAUCGUUCGGAAAUUGUUAUCCGGAGAUCUAGACCUCGGGAUCGUGGGUCUCGAUAUAGUGAGCGAAUAUGGGCAAGGUAAUGAAUAUCUUAUCAUCGUUCAUGAUGCCCUUGAAUAUGGAGAUUGCCGUUUAUCGCUUGCUAUACCCAAAUAUGGCAUUUUCGAGAAUAUAAAUUCAAUUCGGGAUCUAGCUCAGAUGCCCCAAUGGACUGAGGAGAAGCCUCUUCGAGUUGCUACUGGAUUUACUUAUCUUGGCCCAAAAUUUCUUAAAGAAAAUGGGUUGAAACAUGUCCGUUUUUCAACUGCUGAUGGAGCAUUAGAAGCUGCCCCUGCGAUGGGGAUAGCUGAUGCUAUUUUGGACCUUGUAAGUAGUGGGACCACGCUGAAGGAGAACAAUUUGAAAGAAAUUGAAGGUGGAGUGGUUUUGGAAAGCCAGGCCGUUCUUCUUGCCAGCCGAAAGUCCUUGAUUCAGAGGAAAGGUGCAUUAGACACAACCCAUGAGAUUAUUGAAAGACUGGAGGCACAUCUGAGGGCUGUUGGUCAGUUCACUGUGACUGCAAACAUGAGAGGAAAUAGUGCUCAAGAAGUUGCUGAGCGUGUUUUAAGUCAAACAUCAUUGUCUGGGUUGCAGGGCCCUACAGUAAGUCCAGUUUUCUACAAACGCGAUGGGAAGGUAGUAGCUGAUUACUAUGCCAUUGUCAUAUGUGUCCCCAAAAAAUCCCUGUACAAGUCGGUUCAGCAACUGAGAGCGUUUCUUACGAGGAAGCAAUUGGUGCAGAUUGGAGGAAGCGGGGUUCUAAUAUCGCCGUUGACGUACAUUUUUGACGAAGAAACUCCGAGAUGGAAUCAACUUCUCCAGGAACUCGGGCUGUAGUCUUUACAAUUAGUUAUGUAGUGCAUGAGUUGUUAUAUUAAGAGAAAUUCUAGAAGGCAUCCUAUUUCUGGUGACCCUAGAAAGAGUACUUUCCUCUUCCUUCCUCAUAACCAACAAACUUCAGUUAUUUAUGUGUAAUCCUGAAACAGAUUCUCUGUACAGUUUUUAUUUCAAUUUUUCCCCCGUGUCCUUUUGCCUUCAGAAAUAUAUAGUAGUGUUACUUAAGGAUUGUGUUAAUUAAACGUUCUGUUUUCAGUUCGUCUGCUGGUCGCUAACUAUGACUUUGCAGCAUUUUAUUAUGGUGCACCUUUUAACUUUUGGCCCCUCUUAGAUUCUGUUUGCUGGAUCAAUAAAUUGUAAUUGAAAAUUUGUGAGUUUUCAGUUAUAUUACAACAAAAAUCCAACAUGUCUCACCGCAAGUUUGAGCACCCAAGACAUGGCUCUCUGGGUUUUCUUCCCAGAAAGAGAGCUUCUUCCCAUAGAGGAAAAGUGAAGCCAUUUCCCGGAGAUGAUCCAUCUAAGCCUUGUAGUUUAACUGCCUUCCUUGGAUAAAAGGCUGGGAUGACCCAUAUUGUUAGAGAAGUUGAAAAGCCUGGAUCAAAGCUACACGAGAAAGAAACAUGUGAAGCUGUAACAAUUAUAGAAACGCCACCUUUGGUUGUUAUUGGUAUUGUUGGCUAUGUCAAAACGCCACGGGGCCUGCGUUCCUUGAAAACUGUCUGGGCCCAGCAUUUGAGCGAGGAGGUAAGAAGGAGAAUUUACAAGAAUUGGUGCAAGUCUAAGAAGGCUUUCACUAAGUACUCUAAGAAGCACGAGACUGAAGAUGGGGGAGAAGGAUAUUGAGGCACAGUUAGAGAAAUUGAAGAAAUACAGCACUGAGAUUCUUGUUCUGGCCCAUUCACAGAUAAGGAAAAUGGACUGAAGCAGAAGAAAGCUCACUUGAUGGAGAUUCAGGUGGAAUGGUGGAGAUGUUCCUAAGAAGGUUGAUUAUGCCUAUAGUUUAUUUGAGAAGCAGGUCCCUGUUGAUGCAAUUUUCCAAAAAGAUGAGAUGAUUGAUAUCAUUGGAGUAACGAAAGGCAAGGGCUACAAAGGGGUCCCCCGCGUGGGCUUCGGAAAGUAGCAUGUACUGGAGCUUGGCAUCCAGCCAGAGUAUCAUUUACUGUUGCUCGAGCAGGACAAAAUGGUUAUCCUGCUCUGCCAUGACCGAAUUUGAUAGAAGGCGCCACAAAUCUGAUUGUUUAUGUGCAAUAUGUGUUUUAAAGCGCCGUAGAAAGGAGCGCGAAGAGAUUGCUAGAAUUACUAAAGACCAAACUGGAGCUGGCUAUAACCAAGAGGAAUCCUUGCGUUUGGAAAGUCCUGGCAGCUUGGACUCAUCAUCAAAUGCAGAUGAUUCAGUAGACAAUGAAUUAGAUGUUGAGGAAGAAACAAGAGACGAGGAGAAUGCAACAGUUUAGCACUCCAGAGGAGAAGCAAGAUGAAGGUGAGGAGGAAAAAUAUGGAGAAGGAAAUGAAACAGAGAUUCGAAUGGAACUGAUCAGUCUCAAAGUAGACAAAAAGAUGGCGCACAGGAGUUGCAUCCAUGAAAUUGUAUAAGCCUUGAUGGGACUGACUAUGUUGCAAUGGUUUAAUGGCAGGAGGUGGAAGAAACUAAAGGCAUGGGAGGAGUUGAGUAACAAAAAUCCGAUGCUUUUGGAGUUGUGUGGAGUCGUUUUCCCAGUGAAUACUCCAUUCAGAUGGCCAUACACAAUUUCAUGAAGUAAACUAUUGUAUAUCAUUAUCGUAGUUUUGGAUGAAUUGGAAGAAAGAAAGCUCUUGUGUAACAUAAA